AGGCGCGCCUCCCUCCCCGCCCAAGAGUGUCACCAGCCUGGUGCUUCUGUGAGAAAGUACCACUGUAAGAGGCCAAAGGGCAUGAUCAUUUUCCUCUUUUACCCUGUCUAGGUUGCCAGCAAAUCCCAAGGGCCUCCUGAGGCUGCCCCUGGAGCCACAGGUCCCUCCAGUGCUGGAAGAAUGAAGGAUUCCUGCAUCAUCGUGAUGGCCAUGGCGCUGCUGUCUGGGUUCUUUUUCUUUGCUCCGACCUCGAGCUACAACCUGGACGUGCGGGGCGCGCAGAGCUUCUCCCCACCGCGCGCCGGGAGGCAUUUUGGAUACCGCGUCUUGCAGGUCGGAAACGGGGUCUUCGUGGGAGCUCCAGGGGAAGGGAACAGCACAGGAAGCCUCUAUCAGUGCCAGCCAGACACAGGACACUGCCUGCCAGUCAGCCUGAGAGGUUCCAACUAUACCUCCAAGUACUUGGGAAUGACCUUGGCAACAGACCCCACAGGUGGAAGCAUUUUGGCCUGUGACCCUGGGCUGUCUCGAAUAUGUGACCAGAACACCUAUCUGAGUGGCCUGUGUUACCUCUUCCACCAGAAUCUGCAGGGUCCCGUGUUGCAGGGGCGCCCUGGUUUUCAGGAAUGUAUCAAGGGCAACGUUGACCUCGUAUUUCUGUUUGAUGGUUCGGGGAGCUUGCAGCCGGAUGAAUUUCAAAAAAUUCUGGAAUUCAUGAAGGAUGUGAUGAAGAAACUCAGCAACACUUCCUACCAGUUUGCUGCUGUUCAAUUUUCCACAAGCUACAAAACGGAAUUUAAUUUCUUAGAUUACCUUAAACAGAAGGACCCUGACGCUCUGCUGAGGCAUGUAGAGCACAUGUUGCUGUUGACCAACACCUUUGGUGCCAUCAACUAUGUCGCGAAAGAGGUGUUCCGGGAGGAGCUGGGGGCCCGGCCAGAUGCCACCAAAGUGCUCGUCAUCAUCACAGAUGGGGAAGCCACCGACAAUGGCAACAUCGAUGCAGCCAAAGACAUCAUCCGCUACAUCAUUGGGAUUGGAAAGAAUUUUCAGACCAAGGAGAGUCAGGAAACACUCCACAAAUUUCCCUCAAAACCUGCGGGAGAAUUUAUGAAGAUUCUGAACACAUUUGAGAAGCUGAGAUUCACCGAGCUGCAGAAGAAGAUCUAUGUCAUUGAGGGCACAAGCAAACAGGACCUGACCUCCUUCGACAUGGAGCUGUCCUCCAGUGGCAUUAGUGCUGACCUCAGCAGGGGCCAUGCAGUCGUGGGGGCAGUAGGAGCCCAGGACUGGGCUGGGGGAUUCCUCGACCUGAAGGCAGGCCUACAGGAUCACACAUUUAUUGGGAAUGAACCAUUGACACCAGAAGUGAGGGCGGGCUAUUUGGGGUACACCAUGACAUGGCUGCCCUCCCGGGAAAAUACUUGGCUGCUGGCCUCGGGAGCCCCUCGAUACCAGCAUAUGGGCCGAGUGCUGCUGUUCCAAGAGCCAGAGGACAGAGGACGCUGGAGCCAGGUCCAGGCAAUCAAUGGGACCCAGUCGGGGUUUGAAGAGGUCUCAGAGCUGCGGGGGAACCUCGGCUACUCACUUGGGCGGUUUGGAGAAGCCAUCACCGUCCUGACAGACAUCUAUGGCGAUGGGCUGGUGGAUGUGGCUGUGGGGGCCCCUCUGGCGGAGCAGGGGGCUGUGUACAUCUUCAAUGGAAGGCAUGGGGGGCUGAGCCCCCAACCAAGUCAGCGGAUAGAAGGGACCCAAGUGCUCUCAGGAAUUCGGUGGUUUGGACGCUCCAUCCAUGGGGUGAAGGACCUUGAAGGGGACGGCUUGGCAGAUGUGGCUGUGGGGGCUGAGGGCCAGAUGAUCGUGCUGAGCUCCCGGCCCGUGGUGGAUGUUGUCACCCUGAUGUCCUCCUCUCCAGCUGAGAUCCCAGUGCAUGAAGUGGAGUGCCUCUAUUCAGCGAGUAACAAGAUGAAGGAAGGCAUUAAUAUCACAGUCUGUUUCCAGAUCAAGUCUCUCAUCCCCCAGUUCCAAGGCCGCCUGGUUGCCAAUCUCACUUACACCCUGCAGCUGGACAGCCACCGAACCAGAAGCCGGGGUUUGUUCCCAGGAGGGAGACAAGAACUCAGCAGGAACAUAGCUGUCACCACCAGUAUGUCCUGCAAUGACUUCUCAUUCCAUUUCCCGGUAUGUGUUCAAGACCUCAUCUCCCCCGUCAAUGUCUCCCUGAAUUUCUCGCUUUGGGAGGAGGAAGGGACAGCGAGGGACCAAAGGGCGGGCAAGGACAGACCACCCAUCCUGAGACCCUCCCUGCACUUGGAGACCUGGGAGAUCCCUUUUGAGAAGAACUGCAGGGAGGACAAUAAGUGCGAGGCAAACAUGAGAGUGUCCUUCUCAACUGCAAGAUCCAGAGCCCUGCGUCUGACUGCUUUUGCCAGCCUCUCUGUGGAGCUGAGCCUGAGUAACUUGGGAGAAGAUGCUUACUGGGUCCAGCUGGACCUGCACUUGCCCCAGGGACUCUCCUUCCGCAAGGUGGAGAUGCUGAAGCCCCAUAGCCAGAUCCCUGUGAGCUGUGAGGACCUUCCUGCAGAGUCCAAGCUUCUGUCCAGGGCAUUCUCUUGCAACGUGAGCGCUCCCAUCUUCAGAGCAGGCCGCUCCGUUGCUAUGCAGAUGAUGUUUAAUACACUGGUAAACAGCUCCUGGGGGGACUCGGUCGGGUUGCGCACCAAUGUGACCUGUACCAAUGAGGACUCAGGCCUCCUGGAGGACAACUUGGCCAGUACCAGCAUCCCCGUCCUGCACCCCAUCAACGUCCUCAUCCAGGACCAGGAAAACUCCACACUCUAUGUCAGUUUCACCCCCAAAGGUCCCAAGAUCCACCAAAUCAAGCACAUCUACCAGGUGAGGAUCCAGCCUUCCAUCCAUGACCGCAACCUGCCCAUCCUGGAGGCCGUGAUUGGGGUGACACAGCCUCCCAGCAAGGGGCCCAUCACACACCAGUGGAGCGUGCAGAUGGAACCUCCUGCGCCCUGCCACUAUGAGGAGCUGGAGAGGCUGCCCCGUGCAACUGAGCCUUGUCUCCCCGGUGCCGUGUUCCGCUGCCCUGUUGCCUUCAAGCAGGAGAUCCUCGUCCAAGUGAUCGGGACCCUGGAGCUGGUGGGAGAGAUCGAGGCCUCCUCCACGUUCAGCCUCUGCAGCUCCCUCUCCAUCUCCUUCAACAGCAGCAGGCAUUUCCACCUGUAUGGCAGCAAUGCCUCCCUGGCCCAGGUCGUCAUGAAGGUUGAGGUCGUGUAUGAGAAGCAGAUGCUCUACCUCUAUGUGCUGAGCAGCAUCGGGGGGCUGCUGCUGCUGCUGCUGAUUUUCAUAGUGCUGUACAAGGUUGGCUUCUUCAAACGGAACCUGAAGGAGAUGAUGGAGGCUGACAGAGGUGUCCCAAAUAGAAUCCCUGCAGAAGACUCCAGGCAGCUGGCAUCUGAGGAAGAGGCUGGGGAUCCAGGCUGCCUGAAGAACCUCCACGAAGAGGACAUGGAGAGUGGCAGCAGCAAGGACUGAGUCCAGGCCUGUGAUGUGCAGAGGGUCCAGGACUGGACUCGGGACGCCCAGGGCCACUCUGCCUCUGCCUGCAUUCCUCUGUGUGCCCCCGAGGGAGUCACUGCCCCUCACUGGGCCUCAGUUUCCCUAUCUUGAACAUGGGGCUCAUGCUUGCCUGCCUCCUUUGCAGGCUCAUAGGGUGGACCUGCUGAGGGACUGGCCAGGAGGGCUGCAGAAGUGUGAACUUGUCAUAACCAGACGGUCCUGGCUUCCACCAGCCUCUCUUGGUUUCUCUCCCUGGAAGAGAACGUCUGCUCUAAAUGUGGAGAAACUGUAGUCUCCGGACCUAGAGACGUUCCUGACCCUCACACCUGCCCUGGGAGGUCCACAGAUGCCUCCACCCCCGAGAAAACUGUCCCUGCAUGCUCCCCUGCACUGGAGCCCAGUCUCUUCUGCUGGCAUUGAGCAAAUGUGACCCGUGUCAUUACAUGACUGUGGCACACGCCUUUCUCUUGGCCAGAUACCAAAUUCCUUGACAUGCCUUCCAGCACCUUGCAAAAUGAGACCCCUGCGGCCUUCCCCAGCCUCUUCUAGAGCUGUGCCGCCUUCCUGUUGAAGCUCCAGUGAUACCAGCCUUUCUCCCAAGCCAGGCUCCUUCCUGUCUACCUGCGUUCACCCUGACAGCUCCCACUGCCCAAACCUUCCACCCUGCCACCCCUCCUUUUCUGGCCGACAGAUCCCAGCUCACACAUCAGACUCGGUUGGGUCCCCAUGUCCUUCACACUUCCACCAGCCUGCACUUAUCCCUCAAAGCACACAUCAUGUUUUUUCCCUGUUUAAUGAUUUACCUACUUAGCAGCUAUCUCUCAGUGAUCUCUGUGAGGGUAGAGGCCAUACUUGUCUUGUUCACCUUGGGACGCCUGCUGAUAUGUCAGGGCAUGGGACAUCUAGUAGGUGCUUGACACAAUUUCACUGAAUUAAUGAUGGAGUCUGUGGGAAGAUGUAGAAAAAGGGGAUGGGCUGGGCGCCGUGGCUCACACCUGUAAUCCCAGCACCUUGGGAGGCCAAGGCAGGUGAAUCACCUAAGGUCAGGAGUAAGUUUAAGACCAGCCUGGCCAACAUGGCAAAAC